GCGCAAUACGGUCAAACAUCACUUUCAAAAAAUGGCGCGUUUUAUGUAAGAUUUCACAUUGAAUUAUUUUAAUUAAUUGCAUUACUGAUUUUACUCAAGUGAAAUAAGUCUAUGCGUGGAUGUAUUUUCGUGUCUUAUAGGUGUGGUUGGCCGUUUUUUAAGUGCUUUGACUCACCGAUUGAUUGUUUGAGGGGCUAUUUUCCAUUGUAAGUUUCCGCAGAUGUGUGCAUUGUUUGUGAACGAAGAAGAUAAUUGAAUGCUUAUGAUGGCCAAAACAACGCGGAUACAAGAAGAAACAGCCAUAUCUGGCAAGGAGAAUAGUCCGCCAUGCUUGGAAAAUGUAUCAAUGGGGGUAUCAAGUGGUCUAGGAUUGAAAAUCUUGCCACAUUCCAAUACACUAGAACAACAACAUAUUCAUCGAAAAGACAACCAGUUCGUGCAACUGACAGAAACUAAAGGACAGUCAACUGGGGAAGGAUUGCCUGCUAAUGAUAGAAGUGAUGGCUUAAGUCAACCCCUUAGGUCAAACAAUACGCUUGGCGCCAUGCAACCCCAGAACAGCAAAGACCAAGGCAAGCUACUACAAAAAUUUCGUCAGCUCCGACAAUGGCAACAACAGCAACAGGAAAGCAUGACAAAACAGCAACAAGAGCACAUGGAAACAUUGAAAAUGCAACAAGAGAAAUUGCAAAUACUUUAUGCCAAGGCUGCUAAUAAUGGAAUCAUCACAACUAAGGUGUUAACAGAAUCGCAAAGCCCUUCUGCUCAGGAUAAUAAAAAUUUUAACAAAUGCCAGAGGUUUACUGCUUCACAACUUAUGCAUGGCCAGAUAAGACCAGGAACAGGGGGAGCUCAGUUUAACCCUGCAUUCAGGACAGUGUCUGGACUAGCGGGUGGUAAUGUAAAUGGCCGACCUGUUCAGCCUCUACUGAUGUCACCUCAGCAUUUUAUUUCAUCUACCACAGGGUCAGGCUUCUCCAGGGAAUCCUAUCCCUCCCCUGUACAGGCAUCCCCACAGUACGCCAUUAGCCCUUAUUCCUGGUCACCAAAUGACCAGCCGAUGCCUGGAAAUUCCCCGGGGUUAUCUCAGACAGGUAAAGCACCAGCACCUUUUGUUGUCAAUAACAGACUAUUUCCUAGAGAAAUGGAACCUGAACUUCCUGGUCAAGCAGAGAUUGCUGUUUACCAGGAAAGUGUUGAGCUUCAUAGUGACCUUGAUUCACAGUCCGAUGUCCAGUCAGAGUUUGAUACUCUUAGUGGGGUAUACCCACUGCAGGAUGCUGAGUCACAUGUCGACUCAGAUGAUGGUGACCUGAAACAUUUGCCAGACCAGGAAUUGUCUGAUGAGGAAAUAAGUGAUGAUGAGAGCGAAGGGAAUUUGCUGGAAACAGUAAUAGAGAUCAAGCCUCAGGAAAAAGAGUCUAAAUGCGUGACACCAGAACAAGCUAAAAUUGAAGAUGACCGGCCCAUAACACCUGGAAUUGGUUUAUCUUCAGCAGCAACAUUUGAGGAGCUGUUAGAAAAACAGCUGAAACUUGAAGAGAAGGAAGCAAAGUCACCAUCCCCAGUGAAACCCCAGAAGACAUUUCUAAGAAAAGGCCAAGGGUUGGCAAGGUUUCGAAUGAAACCACAACCAAAACCACAUACCAAACCCUCUGUAGAAACCAAGAAACCUGGUACAGGACUAAGUCUUACUCAGGCCAAGCCCCAGCUGGUGACAAAACGAGAGUCUAUAGUUUCUAAUGAAACCACUAAAGCUACAAGUCGGCCUUCAGCUGCAGUGAGCAAGCAGGUGACUAGAAAGGUUGCAGGGAAGUCUUCACCAGCUAAUGCUUCAGUGAUAGCUAGUCCUGAAGUGUCCUCUCCACAGCCAUUUGGUACCAGCACUCUGGCUUCUCGAGUAAUUGGUCCUUUCUCAGGAGCUCUUUCAGGGGCUUUGACAAAAACAACUCUUGCCAGGGCUUCAUCCCCCACCCUGAGUCCCAUGCGCCUUGGUGUCCACUCUAGUAUAGAUACCUCAUUUCAGAGGAUGAAACUGCAGUGGGAAAAUAAUGAAAAGGUUGAGGAAGAUGAAUUGGAGGAGUUUGAAAUGCUAGAGCAGGCUGCUGCAAAUGCAUCCUUCUCAUCGAACUGCUCCACAGUGGUCCGCAUACUAGAGAAAGGAAAAACACAGAAGGAUGGGGGCAGUCAGACCUCCAUUAAGCCAUCAACCCAGGGAUAUAAAGAGAGCAAGAAAGAUGCUGCAGUUGGUCAUGGUGGAAUUCUAAGCCCAGUAGAUACUGGUUAUGCCAGCAGUGAGAGUAGGGUGCCAGGAGGUACCACAAGUCAUGCAAACACAGUCAUUGACAGGGAGGAAGAACAUCCUGAUGACAACCAGUUAUCAGAGGAUGAACUGGGAGAUGAGGAUGUAACAUUACACGAGAUGAGUCUUGACAGUGCAAUAGAGGAUGGGGAGCUGAUUUCUAAAAACCUACAUUCCCAAGUGGUACGCCUUCACGAUGCAGCCGCCUUCACAACAGAGAAAGUGACCACAGCAACCCAAAAGUCCCCUCCAUCGCCACCGCUCUCUUCCAUGACGUCAUCAGAAGAUUUUGAUGACGAGGAGGCUUGGGGCGAAAUCAAAUCGCAAGCCGGGUGGCCUGGGACUGAAAGUGAACCUGAUAGCGAUGACAGUGAGAGCACCGUCAUGGAUGUCCAUGACAUUAUCUCCUCCACCCCUCCCCCCUUGAGACGGCCACGUGGUGAUCACGUGGAUAGCGCAGGAAACGAGGCUGCCGUAACGUCGACUCCGCCUACUUCAUCCCUUGUAACGAAGCUGUUUCCGCAGCUGAAGCCCAAGCCAAAGGUGUCUGAAGAGAAGAAACCUUCGACAUCCAUCGAAGAAGCCCCGGCACCAGCCAUCGAGACUGAGUCUGGUCCAAGUAGGGCAGUGCAGGACAAGCUACUGGAGCUGGAACAAGAGAUCAGUAAAUUCCGACAGGAAAACAAGGCGCUUGCCAAGAUACGAGAAGAACGAGAACAGGGCCUCAUCAGACUUCAGGAUGAAAUUACGUCGUUCGAGAAGCAAAAAUCCGAAGAACUGGAGCGCCUCGAGAAAUUCCGAGAAGAAGAAACGCAGAAAUUACGCCGGGAGAAAAAAGUUUUCGAGAAAUACCAGAAGGCAGCACGAGCGAACCCUGACAAGAAAGAGCGGGAGGAGAUUGAGUCGCUGAAAGCUCAGCUGUCCGAGCUUCAAGAAGAGAUGAAGCGACGCGACUCUCGCUGGUCAGCGGCAUCCGCCCGUUACAGAAACCGGAUCGAGGCUCUGGAAGAACAGAACAAGGAGUUGCAGGAGGAGGUGAAACUGCUGGAAAAGUACCGCUUGGAUCUCUGGCGCACAGAGCAAGACAAGGCUGGAAAUGGCGAAAACAGUGGCAAAGAGACACGUCCACGAAAAGAGAAACAACGGAAGACAGCGCGACCAUCUGAACAACCAGAAUACCAAGGCGUAUCCAGACAUCCUGCUUCUGAUCGUCCACAGCCUCGUUUGCCUGUCGUCAUGGAAACCCUUUCAAGUCCGCCUGUGCAGUCGCACUCCAAUUCGCUCGACAGGAUGAAUAACUCUGGAUCUGAUGUGAAUAACAACAGCGAGGGGGGCGUGAGUGGCAAAUCCCCUGUCAAGUCAGACGUAACUGCGACAAGAAUCUCCCCGCUCUUGCCACCGACACAUACCCCAAACAGUGGGCCAUUAGAAGAGAACCCGGCUGCUUCCUCGCCAUCCGGGCCCCCAGCAAAGCAGAGACGAAACGUGCGAUUUGUCGCAAACCCUGAUUUAGCGCAUGCGCACGAGGCAACAGUAGAGGAGAUCAGAGCUCAUGAGAUCGCUCACCCGGAUGGUAAGGUGGAGCAAGUUCAGCCCGAUGGGUCACGUGUCAUCCUCUUCGCCAAUGGAACACGGCGAGAGAUUAGCAGCGACGGCAAGACGGUCAUUGUUACGUUCUUUAAUGGUGACAUCAAGCAAGUAAUGCCGGACCAACGAGUGGUGUACUACUACUCUGAGGCUCAGACUACUCACACGACGUAUCCUGACGGUCUCGAAGUCCUGCAAUUUCCCAACAACCAGAUCGAAAAGCACUAUACGGACGGCACUAAGGAGAUUAUCUUCCCUGAUCAGACUGUCAAGUACCUACACACUAACGGCUCCGAGGAGUGUGUUUUCCCCGAUGGCACAGUGCAGCGCCUUAGCCAUGAUGGUGAGAGAACCAUCGAGUUCCCGAACGGGCAACGCGAGAUUCACACCAAAUUCUACAAGAAGCGAGAGUAUCCCAAUGGAACAGUGAAGACUGUGUUCCAGGACGGGCGAACCGAAACCAGGUAUUCUAACGGUCGGCUACGCGUCAGAGACCAAGAAGGGCGGGUUAUUAUGGAUACUGCUGACCAGACUGUCAGAUAGCAUCGUAGCAUUAGUCCCUAAGUGUGUUUAAAUCGCUCAUUAAAUAAACUAGACAUUUGUAAAUAUAUCCUUAAGCAUGAUGGCGGUUGCUGUCUCACGUUUGUUUAUCUAGAUACAUAUGCAGUAUUCGAAAAUACAGAUAAUAUUUUAGUGCUAGUUGAAGAAAGUAGAACAACUAAGAAUUAUGACAUGAAAUGUAAAUGUCAGAAUUGUAAAUAAAUAUUUUCAUAUUAGAUAUCGAAAGGCAUAUUUUCGUGAUGAGUGAUAUUUUUUGUAAAUAAAUUGACAAAAUAUACCUUUAGCAAACUUCAA